AUGGAAAGCAACAUCUCCAUCCCUCUGAAUGGAUCUGAAGAAGUGCUCUAUGAGUCUGCCGGCUACACUGCUCUGCGAAUCCUCCCGCUGAUUGUACUUGGGGUCGCCUUUGUCCUGGGCAUCCUGGGCAAUGGGCUUGUGAUCUGGGUAGCGGGGUUCCGGAUGGCGCACACAGUCACCACCAUCUGCUACCUGAACCUGGCCUUGGCUGACUUCUCUUUCAUUGCUACCCUACCAUUCCUCAUCGUCUCAAUGGCCAUGGGAGAAAAAUGGCCUUUUGGCUGGUUCCUGUGCAAGCUGGUUCACAUUGUGGUGGACAUAAACUUGUUUGGAAGCGUCUUCCUGAUAGCGUUCAUCGCCCUGGACCGCUGCAUCUGUGUGUUGCACCCAAUCUGGGCUCAGAAUCACCGCACUGUCAACCUAGCCAGGAAGAUGAUCGCUGGACCCUGGAUUCUUGCCCUAAUCCUGACCUUACCAGUCUUCAUGUUCUUGACCACAGUCGAGGAUGGGAAAGGGGACACGUACUGUACUUUCAAUUUUAAGUCCUGGGGUGACACCUUUGAAAAGAGAGUGAUGGUGGCCACCACCAUGCUGACGGCCAGAGGUAUCAUCCGCUUCGUUAUCGGUUUCAGUAUGCCAAUGUCCAUCGUCGCUAUCUGCUACGGGCUCAUUGCUGCAAGGAUGCACAAAAAAGGCAUGAUUAAAUCCAGCCGUCCCUUACGGGUCCUCACUGCCGUGGUGGCUUCCUUCUUCAUCUGCUGGUUCCCUUUUCAACUGGUCGCCCUUCUGAGCACAGUCUGGCUCAAAGAGAUGCUGUUUGAUGGAAAGUAUCAGAUCCUCAACGUCCUGGUUAACCCAACCAGCUCCCUGGCCUUCUUCAACAGCUGCCUCAACCCCAUGCUCUACGUCUUCAUGGGCCAGGACUUCCGAGAGCGGCUCAUCCACUCCUUGCCCGCCAGUCUGGAGAGGGCCCUGAGUGAGGACCCGGCCCAGACCAGUGACGCAGGAACCAACGCCACCUCAGCUCCAGCAGAGGCCGAGUCACAGGUGCUGUGA